AUGUCGCUACGGGAAAAGGCUGAAACUCUCAGGCAGACGGUCGAUAAUCUCGUGGCGGGAGUUGACAUGGCGGUUCCAAUUCUCAGGGCUGUGAACGCUACCGCUGAUUGGUGCCCCCCUCUAAAGAUGGCUACUGGCGGUGCACUCGCUAUCCUUGACGAGGUUAAAAAGUUUAAGGAGAACAAGGAGCAAUGGGCUAGUUUUGGUGAAUACGUAGCUAGCACUGCGGCCAAGGUAGUUUCAGCCAUAAAGUCUUAUGAUACGUCAGCGAAAGAAGCAACGUCAUGGACGGAGGGCGUCACCGAGCUUGGGAGGCAUGUGGAGAUCCAGUCCAAAAUCAAACGAAGAGUUAAAGAACUAGAGGAACGGUCAGCUGUAAGAAAUGCAUGGACCCACUUGAAAGACCCUGGGAAAAUUGAGGGCCUAAAGAGAGAUUUUGACAAAGCGUUGGUAUCGUUUCAGCUUAAGACGAACAUAAUAACCGGAGUCAAAUUAUCGACCAUAGAGGACAGCUUAGACCGUCUGGAGAGUGACCCAAUCCUUAGUAGUCUCCGAUACCCUCAAAUCGCCCACCAUGAUUCAACAGUGGCGUGCCUAGAAGGCACCAGGGUGGAUCUCACGGAGCGUAUUAUGAACUGGUGUCGUAACACCGGGGAUAACGAGAACCGGCUGAUGCUACUGACCUCUGUGGCCGGCGCUGGCAAGACUUCGAUUGUGCACACAAUUGCAGAUAGAUGUAACAAGGAGGCUAUCUUAUUGCUGUGCUUUUUCUUCAGGGUUGGCGAACAGCCACGGCCGGACUGUUUAUUCAGCGGCAUUGCUCAAGCUCUAGCAAGCCGUGAUGCAGAUUACCGCGCCUUCAUUAUCUCUGCCCUUCGAAAAGACCCCACCCUCUCAACAGCUCCGUUCACGAUGCAGUUCGAGGAAUUGGUGGCUUCACCUCUCCAUAUCCUUCGGCGUCCCAGGCAUCCUAUGGUGGUCGUUAUCGAUGCUUUAGACGAAUGUGACGAAGAAGCAUAUCAACCCCUUGCUAAGAUUCUCUGCGAGGAAGUACCCAAGUUACCAUCUUCCAUAAAGUUUUUCGUUACUUCAAGACAUGUUGAUCUUGUUAAUCGCUCCCUCUCACGCCAUUUCCCUAUCAAUCACCUCACCAUCGACCUCCUGGAUGACACAAAUGUGCAUGACUGUGCUGCGUACAUCCGUUUCCAGCUACAGGAGCUUAAGAAUUGGCAUCCCAAUUUAGCGCAUAAACUCCAAAAUGAGGAUAGUGCGGUGCAGGAGAUCUUGGAUCGAGCGGGUGGCUUGUUUAUUUGGAUCAGCACCAUCUUUCGUUACAUGAAGAAGCCUAGGAAGGAUCCUAUGAGAACACUAUCAAGCCUGCUUGACACCGGCACGGAACGAUCAAAGGUGCCGACUGAGAAGAUGAUGGAUGACCUGUAUACGAGGAUUCUGAAGAAGUUUGAUUGGGAGGAUGAAGAUUUCGCGCACGACUACCCGAUUGUGAUGGGAGCGAUUCUCGUUGCUCAGCAGCCUCUAUCUGUCACAGCCUGGGAUGCAAUAUUGUCACCUUUCAAUUCUUCAGUUCAAUAUGCGUUGGCCGAACUUGCUCCUCUGCUCUCAGGAGUUGAGGAUCCCCACAUUCCGGUUCGCAUCUUACACCAAUCUUUCCGCGAUUUUAUCCUUGAUCGGAUGCAUCCCCAAAAAAUCAGCUCUCAUUGCGCUCCCGUAGCGGUGGGGGUGGAGAAUGCCAGGGUUGCCCUGCAAUGUACCGAGAUUUUGAAUAAGGGUCUCUGCUCUGUAAAGGGCUUAGGACAGAUUGAAAAUUUGUUCGAAAAGGAUGAAAUGCCGUGCAUUCCUCCAAAGGAGUUAUCUGAGCAGUUUUGUUAUGCAUGUCGCCACAUCGUGCAUCACCUCAGUGAGGUCCAGGAACCAUCAGAGGAGCUUGCUGGGUCAGUUGGUAUAUUUCUGAGUCAGGAAGCAACUCGGUGGGUGGAAGUUUGUGUGCGAAUGGAACGCUACGUCAGUAUCUUGUGGCUCCCUGGGUGGGCUAAGUUGGCUGUUGACCACAGGGCUGUUUAUGCACUGGCUGAGGUGCUUGCCAGGCUUCCACCAAAUUUGGUAUUUUUUUCAAGAUUCCAGGAAGCAUAUGAGACAGCAAAUGAUUCUGUCCUACUCUACCGUUGCCUUGUUGUGGACUCAAGUUCCUACACCCUGGAUUUGGCCCAUUCACUCAACAAUCUGUAUGUAACCCUAUCCAAACUUGGACAGCACUCGGAAGCACUCGGAUUCAUCGAAGAGAGCAUCAAACUCUGCUGCCAGUUAGUUGCUGUUAACCCAGGAUCACACAACCCAGAUCUGGCCGCGUCACUUGUCAAUCUACAUUAUGCUCUUUCCCAUCUCGGACGGCAUUCGGAGGGGCUCCCAUUCAUCGAAGAAAGUGUCAAACUCUACCGCCAGCUAGUUGCUGUUAACCCAGGAUCAUACACCUGGGAUUUGGCCAUAUCACUCAGUAAUCUGUCUAAUGGCCUUUCAGAUCUCAGACGGCACUCAGAGGGGCUCACAUUCAUUGAAGAAAGUGUCAAACUCUGUCGCCAGCUAGUUGCCAUUAACCCAGGAUCAUAUGCCCCGGAUCUGGCCAGCUCACUCCACAAUCUAUGUAUUACUCUGUCAGAUCUCGGACGGCACUCGGAGGGGCUCCCAUUCAUCAAAGAAAGUGUCAAACUCUGCCGCCAGCUAGUUGCCGUUAACCCAAGAUCAUACACUGCGGAUUUGGCCAUGUCACUCAACAGUCUACAUAAUGCUCAUUCCAAUCUCAGACAGCACUCGGAGGCACUCCCAUUCAUCGAAGAAAGCGUCAAACUCUACCGUCAACUAGUUGCCAUUAACCCAGGAUCAUACGCCCGGUAUUUGGCCAGCUCACUCAACAAUCUACAUAUUACUCUUUCCAAUCUCGGACGGCACUCGGAGGCGCUCCCAUUCAUUGAAGAAAGCGUCAAAUUCCAGCGCCAGCUAGUUGCCGUUAACCAAAGAUCAUACACCGCAGAUUUGGCCAUGUCACUCAACAGUCUACAUGAUGCUCAUUCCAAUCUCAGACAGCACUCGGAGGCACUCUCAUUUAUCGAAGAAAGCAUCAAACUGUACCGCCGACUAGUUGCCGUUAACCCAGGAUCAUACGCCCCGUAUUUGGCCAGCUCACUCGACGAUCUACAUACUACUCUUUCAGAUCUCGGACGGCACUUGGAGGGGCUGCCAUUCAUCGAAGAAUGUGUCAAAAUCCGGCGCCAGCUAGUUGCCGUUAACCCAGGAUUAUACACCCCGCAUUUGGCCAGCUCACUCAACAAUCUACAUAUUGCUCUUUCAGAUCUCGGACGGCACUCGGAAGCACUCCCAUUCAUCGAAGAAAGUGUCAAACUCUACCACCAGUUAGAUGCCAUUGACCCAGGAUCAUACACCCCGCAUUUGGCCAGGUCACUCAGCAAUUUACAUAUUAUUCUUUCAGAUCUCGGACGGCACUUGGAGGGGCUGCCAUUCAUCGAAGAAUGUGUCAAACUCCGACGCCAGCUAGUUACCGUUAACCCAGGAUUAUACACCCCGCAUUUGGCCAGCUCACUCAACAAUCUAUAUAAUUCUCUUUCCAAACUCGGACGGCAUUCGGAGGGGCUCCCAUUCAUCGAAGAAAGCGUCAAAAUCCGGCGCCAGCUAGUUGCUGUUAACCCAGGAAAAUACACCCCUAAAUUGGCCAAAUCAGUUGAGAAUCUACGUAAUGCUCUCUCCAACCUCGGACGUCAUUCUGAGGCACAAAUGGUCCACAUUUGA